UGGUACACGUGUUGCAGGUGACGUCAGCAGCUUUGAAAAGACGCGGCAGGAACUGCACACCAUUGAAAACACUUAAUAUGGCGUUACUAACACCUUACAGCAAAAUCCCUGAACUAAACACUGCUACGAUUCUUUUGAUUGAAAACGAAGAGCGGUUUCAGACCAAGCUUGCUGAUGCCAUAGUUCAACAGGAAAAAGACGUCAACGUGAACGUUCGGCUAGCUCGAAAACUCCCUCUUCCUUUGGAAAAUGGCGACAGUCGUCCUCGUGUUGAUCUUGUUGUGUUCGUUGUCAGCCUUCGGUCUGAACGCAGUCUGCAGGCAGUGGAGAGCUCGUUGAAUUAUCUGGCUUCGGAUUACUACCUCGGGAAGGUGUGCUUUGUGGUUACGGAUGCGCGUUGCGGCACUUUGGCACAGGAGCGCAUGUUGAGGGUGAGGAGACUCGCUGCUUCUCACCACUGCCCCGUGCUUUGUGCAGAGCACCAGACAGAGGAAGGCAUCGCCAUGGCAGCCAUGAGGCUUCUCACCAUUCUGAAAGUGUCAGCUGGUCUGUCUCCCAUGGCAACCACAGCCCUUUACCUGUCCUCCCUGACCCGCUGCGCUGCUGCUCCUGAGCUCGACGAUGACUGACCUGUCACCGUUUCUUCUAUUGCUUUUAGUCACUUUCUGGAUUGCUCGGCCAUGGGAGGCAACGCUAUGAAUUUUUAAGACGUGUUUUCACAGCCCACCAGUUUGGAUUCACUUCAUUAGUUGAAAAUAUCAGUGUAAUCCAGACAAAAAUAUGAAAUUGAGGUGAUGAGUGGAAUUUCCUGUGUGUGCUGAAAUGUGACGGAAUGUUAUGUGGGUACGUAGCGGGACCAGGCAGUGCCUGUCCUGUGCAGUGAAAUUCAUUCCAUCUUUGUUCCCCGACACUUAUUUUCAUUAGUUUGGUUACAUUCUUUGUUAAAGUUGUUCUCAUAAGUGAAGUCAGCUGCAGCCAUGCAGCUUUUAGCCUAUGAACACGAGACAGCUGAAUAGAAACAGAGUUUGCUCUGUGACCACUGGUGAUUCCAUUAAGCCACAUUCUCCUGCCCCUGUGUGCACAUGUAUUAGUGUCAUUGUGUCCAACUAAACUGUCCCACUGUGUGCAGGUGGGCUGGUCCCGUCCCCAGCUUCUGGAGGUCCAGCAGGGGCGCCCUUGUUCACAUAAUUACUCUCAAGUCAAGGUCACGUCAUUGAUGUUAGACAGGCCUAGAACGGAUCCAGAGCUUGAGGAAAAAGAUAAUUGUGUGGUGUUAAACUUUGCUGAAUUGUAACAGAAUUGGCAUGCCAACUCCUGCUAUUCACUGCAUGUAUUAAAUGAUGUUGUUUUUUUAUCCAUUUUCCCUCUUUCUGCGAAUUUAGGUGUAGUAUGUCAACAUCUAUAGCAAUUUUAAAAUGUAUGUUAAAAAAAAAAAACAGCUACAUACAGUUUGAAGUGUUUUACUCCAAGAUAAUUUUUAGGAGCAUAUAAUUGUGACACAAUUUAAUAAAAUGCUGUAUUUGUAAUGCAGAUUUGAUUGAACCAAACAGUUUACAUUUUUAAACUUUGUAAACAUUCAGUGCAACAUUCCCCUUUAACUAAGUAAUAUAUAAAAGACAGAAAAAAGUAUUUUGUGGAACAGUUCAGUCAAUCAAUGGAACAUGAUAUUCAGUCAGGAGAUGUGGUUUUUUUGCUUGUUUGUUUUUUGCCUGUUAGCAGUUGCCGGUCUUCUUUUUUUUUCUUUUUUUUUUUUUAUUGGCGUAGAUCCAGUAAUCGGGUGGUUCUCGCUACUUGCUCGAACACGAAAAUCUGAUUAAUCAUUCCUUGUUGCAUUAAGCCGUGUGUUUUGGUUUCCUUCAAUGUGACUUAACGGAAGCUGGCACCGGACAGAGUUCGCUUAUGAACUCUGCAGAGCCCCCGUCCCAGUAAAAAGGUCCCUAACUAGAACAACGAUGACGUUUGUAGUCGCAC